AUGGCAAUUUCUGCAAAUUUUGUCCUCAAGAUAAUGGUAACAGUUGGGUUUCUAGGUCCUGCUUUUUUCUUGACUCAAUUUAGCCACAUUCAUUCUCCUGUAAUGGUUGUUUUGUGUAUGACUUACAGUCAGGGAACAAAUGUAUUCUCUCAGUCUGGAUUAUAUUUAAACCAUCAAGAUAUAGCCCCUCGAUAUUCUGGGAUACUGCUCGGUCUAUCCAAUACCGCUGGAGUACUUGCUGGUGUGCUUGGAACAACAGCAACAGGUUACAUUCUACAGCAUGGCUCGUGGGAUGAUGUUUUCAAGGUUACAUUCUAUGUAGUGUCCUCAACAGCAAAACGAGGCAUAACAGAGGCAUCCAAAGGUCUUAAUGUGGUUAUAGAUAGGGUUGUGGCAAAAAAUUAUAUGAUAUGGGGUUUUUCCAUGUAG